UGGCAGUUCAGCUUGUGGUCCUGUCAAGACGAGCAAUGGAGGUCGCCCAUGAUAUCUGCAUGAUCAUUUUUGGCUUCUUUCUUCUGAUUGCCUUUCCCGUCUGGGAGGAGUUCUUCGCCCCAGUCACCUUUAUUCCCUACGGGUUGCUUUUGGACCGCACCGUCUUCAGCGCUGGCUGCAUGUUCGUUUGCAUAUACUUCAACAGCUCGGUAUGGGGGUCGUGCUCUUCUUCCUUGCUGCAGGUUGUCUGGAACCCGAGCGUCACCGAGGCUUCGUACGUGACUCAGGUCUUAUGUGUCCAAUCCGGAUGGUCCUUCUUCUUCCUUGGUCAUCUUAUUAGAUACACUGGGCGCUUUGAGUGGACUCUCACAUACUUCAUGGUGCCACUCGAUAUCCUCGCGAUCGGUCUCAUAAUCCACUUCCACCAGCCCGGUACCAGCAUCGGCUUACAUUGUGAUGACCCAGUCUUCACCGCCGUGGCGGGAAGAAACAUUGUCAUCGGCGGUGAGCUCGCUAUGAUGGCGCCCUCUGAUCAUCAACAUAUUGCCCUCAUCCUUGCUGUCCUCAACCUCUUUUGCUUCAUUGGUAGCGCUGCCGGUCCUACAGUCAACGCUGCAAUAUGGACAGCUACCUUCCGCGAAAAUCUUGUCAAGCACGUGGGAAUACCUUCCAGUGUCAAUGUCAACGACAUCUACGCUGCUCUGCCCAAGCAACUGUCGUACAAGUGGGGCUCUCCUGAACGCCUGGGUAUCGAUCUGGCUUAUGGACCAUGGUGGCUCGCAAAGGCUCAUGCUCAUGAGUCGUCACCAUCAUCUGCAUGCUGUCGUUGGCUCUCGUCUGCACCAUCUUCAUCCGCGACAUCAAUGUCAAGCACAACAAGUAAGUCAUCGGUCGCCUCGCCUAGAUUGUUGUGUCAGCUUCAACGAGGGGAUAUGAGCCGGAACGCAAUGGUAUGCCGGCAGAGCGGUUAUAAGAAGGAAAGGGCGAUCUCGAAAGUUAUUGUAAAAGUUAUAGAUGCCAUACACACAGUCAUUAUAUCUGGACCUGCGUCGCAUUGUCCUCUGAGGAUGUUGCAGUUAGACUUACUGUCCGCUUUUGCGACGGCCAACCUCCAAGUCUUACCGUAACGUCAGGAGCCCGUCAUGCCCACGCCUCG